AUGAGUGGUGGAAGUGUAAGUAAGAGGCAUAUACGAAGAUUAAUUUCUCAGAAAAAAAGAGAAUUUGUCCACAAUUUGAAUGAUGUUGAAGCGCAAAGUGUAGAAAAUAGUGGUGGAAUAAAUCAUAUAGAUUCUGAAAAAUUAGCGGCAGCAUUUGAAAAUGUGGACAAUGAGAUCAGUAGUUCUCUUAGUGAAAAAUUGAAGGAAUGGAUUAUUCGGAAUAGACCAAGUAGAAAAUCAGUUGAAGAAUUAUUGGCUAUACUUAAAGAAGAAAAUUUAGAAGUUCCUCUUAGUAUGAAAACACUAAUACCCAACAGGGAAAAAGCUUUGAUAAAGCAGGUCUCGCCAGGUGUAUAUUCACAUUUUGGUGUUAGGAAACAAUUGGAAUCAAUUGGUUCUGUGGUAACGAACUACGAAGAAAUCAUAGUCGAUAUGAAACGAAGUCGCCAAAUUCCCACUGAAACCGAAUUUUCCCAGAAAAAAUCCUGCCAUGAUUGCACAGAACUGAAAACAUAUAUAGAUAAUAUGUUCAAACAACAAACAGAAAUAUUAAAGGAGCAAAAUAAAAAAAUAAUGGAAGCAUUAGCAGCACAAAAUGUCCUUACCAAAAUUCUAGUAAAGCAGGAUGAAACAUCCAAUAUGCUUUCAAACCUGUUUCCAAUAAAUUCAGAAAGAAAUUUAAAUGAAAUUGAAAAUCAAAUUAAUGAGAAUAAUAAACAUUUAUAUGUGACAACAAUAAAGAACCUUAUAAGAAAAAAUAUUGUGAAAAAUAUAGGCUUAAUCAUUUCUGAAGAACUUUUAUACACAUAUAAUGUAGAUGGGACUCAUGGAAAAAAAAGGUUGAAGAAUUUCGAAAACAUAUACAAUGCAAUAAAAGAUGCAGUAGGAGCUAACCCAGAAAUAGAUGACAUCGAGGGAAGAAUUAGAAGAGCACUUAAUCUUACAAAAAAGCGACAUUUAAAAAAAAUUUUAAAAGAAAAAG